AUGGCUUCACCACUGCCACAGGCGUCAGACACCGAACACCCCGAUGUACACGACGACAACGGCGACGGAGUCACUCCCAAGCCUGAGGACCCUCCCCGCGCGUCUUCCGGCCAUGUCAAGCCGCCCAGUUUCGUCCCGUCACCGUCCAAUUCGGGGAUGAUGUCGCCCUCCACGGAAGAUGCACUAGGCCCAUUGACUCCCUCGGCAAGUGAUCGAGUCUUCCCUAUUCGCAGCGUCGUGUCUGUUGACCCUACAUCUACGCCCAAAGCUUCGAGUAACCACGGAGACUAUUUCCACCCCUACUCCAAAGCGAACGACCCACGCCUUCCCGGCGACCGGCGCGCCUCCCAGAGCUCGACCGCGUCUCAAGUUUCACGACAUAGUAACAGAGGGUCGGACAGGGCAUCCGAGAGUCGAAGGGGCUCUGCAAAACAACAGCCGCCACCGCCUCAGAAGAGCGAUGAGCCGAGGAUGGUCCCGUUGCUGCCGCCGUCACAGCUUUUUCAGGAUGGAUCCAGGACAGCAGACAGUUUCCAGGACGACAGCCGAUCGGCGUCUCUGAGAGUCGACCGUCCUAGCUCGCCAGGAGGCACUUCGGCCAAGAGCGGUGGAAGCAGUCUGGGUGAUAUUGGCAGCUUGGUCGCCCCUCGAUUCAAGCAUGUCGUUGCUGAGGGAGGCCACAUGAUCAUUACCGGGCGGGACGGCGACACGCUGCAACGAUGCGAGGACGAGCCCAUCCACAUGCCAGGUGCUGUACAAGGCUUUGGUCUCUUACUGGCACUCCAAGAAGACACGGGCGAGAGCGGGAAUCUAGUAGUCCGAAUGGUCACUGAGAAUUCUAAGAGAAUCAUUGGGCGAUCUCCGCGGGAACUUUUUGCCUUGGAGAGCUUUACAGACAUGCUCUCUGAAGAGCAGGCCGACAAUCUUUUGGAUCACAUAGACUUUAUCAAGGACGAGGAUUCCGACGUCAUGACGAAUGGACCCGAGGUCUUUACCAUGUCAAUCAAGGUACCAGGUGCUUCACGAACGCGCAAGCUCUGGUGUGCCAUACACAUCAACGAUUCACAUCCAGGGCUUAUCCUUUGCGAAUUUGAGCUGGAAGACGAUCCGCAAUGCCCGCUAGUGCCUCCCAACAAUCAUACACCCGAACUUCCGGAGGACACGCUAAGCAGCAACCCUACCAUAGAAGAACUAUUGGAAAGCACCGAAAUCAAGAGCAGGCCUUUACGGGUUUUGCGUAGUGCACGCAAAAGAAAGGGUGAAGCUGCUGCAAUGGAAGUGUUCAACAUCAUGUCGCAAGUACAGGAGCAGCUUGCUGUAGCACCAAACCUGGAUCAAUUUCUGAAAGUCCUGGUUGGGGUUGUCAAAGAAUUGACUGGUUUCCAUCGUGUAAUGAUCUACCAGUUCGACCAUACCUUCAAUGGCAGAGUAGUGACUGAACUGGUCGACCCCCGGGCGACCAAAGAUCUCUAUAAAGGCCUUAAUUUCCCAGCGUCAGAUAUUCCGAAACAGGCUAGAGAAUUAUACAAACUCAACAAGGUUCGCAUGCUCUACGAUCGGGACCAAGAGACAGCUCGUAUAGUCUGCCGUACUGCCGAAGAUUUGGAAACCCCUCUUGAUCUUACACAUUCUUAUCUCCGCGCCAUGUCUCCAAUUCAUCUCAAGUAUUUAGCAAACAUGGCAGUAAGAUCUUCCAUGUCUAUAUCCAUCAACGCUUUCAAUGAGCUGUGGGGGCUCAUAGCAUGCCACUCGUACGGGCCGCGCGGCAUGCGGGUCUCUUUUCCCAUCCGAAAGAUGUGCCGCAUGGUCGGUGACUCGGCGUCAAGGAAUAUCGAGAGGCUGUCGUACGCUUCUCGAUUACAGGCCAGAAAACUGAUCAACACUGUCCCUACUCAACACAAUCCUUCCGGGUACAUCAUCGCGUCCUCCGACGACCUGUUGAAGCUUUUCGACGCAGACUUCGGACUCUUGUCCAUUCGAGAUGAGACCAAAAUCCUUGGUCAGCUGGAGAAUGCACAGGAGGCUUUGGCUAUGUUGGAAUAUCUGAGGAUGAGGAAGAUACAAUCCGUGAUGACUUCCAUGGAUAUUAAACAAGACUUUCCCGACCUGCGAUACCCUCCUGGAUUCAAUGUUAUCGCCGGAACCCUGAUUGUCCCAUUGUCUAGCGACGGCGACGACUUCAUUGUCUUCUUCCGGAAAGGACAAGUGCAGGAGGUCAAAUGGGCCGGCAACCCCUACGAAAAAUUCAUCAAAGAAGGCACAGAAGGGUAUCUGGAACCACGGAAAAGCUUCAAGACAUGGUCCGAAACGGUUGUGGGUAGAUGUCGUGACUGGACAGAGGAGGAGAUAGAGACUGCUUCAGUACUGUGUCUGGUCUACGGUAAGUUCAUUGAAGUCUGGAGACAGAAAGAAGCUGCUCUGCAAAGCAGCCAGUUAACUCGAUUGCUGCUUGCAAAUUCGGCACACGAAGUUCGGACUCCGUUGAACGCUAUCAUCAACUAUCUCGAAAUUGCCUUGGAAGGCUCAUUGGACGUUGAGACACGUGAUAAUCUAUCUAGGUCUCAUUCUGCGUCCAAAUCCCUAAUAUACGUCAUCAACGAUCUCUUAGAUUUGACAAAGACAGAAGAAGGUGGCUCAUUGAUCAAGGGUGAAUCGUUCGAUCUGAAAGCCACGAUCAGAGAAGCUACAGACGCGUUUCGCAAUGACGCUAAGCGGAAGAACAUUGGUUAUGACGUCGUUGAGCAUCCCGGGUUACCAACGUAUUGCAUAGGUGAUCAGCGUCGAGUACGACAGGUGAUAUCGAAUAUCACCGCCAACGCCAUUCAAUUCACUACCCAAGGAAGCGUUAAGAUUGAGGCGUAUGUCGCUACAUGGGCUCAAGCCGACCACGUCGAUGUAGAGGUCGCUGUCUCAGAUACCGGAGUGGGCAUCAAUUCGAAAAAGCUCGAUCAACUAUUCUAUGACCUCGAACAAGUCCAAUUGGAACCUGUAUCAAUGAUAGAGGACGCCCUUGUGCCAGAUCCGAAGCAACUAGCGGCUCAGAGCAACAAGACUGCACUGGGUCUUGGUUUAGCAGUAGUUGCGCGCAUCAUCAAGAACAUGAACGGACAACUCAGGCUUCGGUCUGAAGAGGGUAAAGGCACCCGCUUCAUAAUACAAUUCCCAUUCGAUCUACCGGGAUCCGAGGCAACCAGUCCACCAGCCAUGGACUCGCCUACAGAAAGUGUCACACCUAUGCCAGAGAUGGUUACACCACAGCCUGUAGAGGGCGAACGAACUUUGAUUGCACCCACUCCGUCGCGCCAUAGCACUGAGUGGAAAGACACUGGUCAUAACAUUGUGAGGAGAUCCAGUGCGGAGAGCCUACUUAGCAAGACUAGUCUUCGUAGUUCCAUGAGUGGUGUGAGCCAGAGAAGCGACGUGGACCGACUUAUCGAGGCCAUCCAAGAACCACACCUGGUCGACAACAGACCACCAAGCGAGCGAGGACCAUCAAGUAUACGUUCAUUGAGGCCUACCCUUACAAGAGGUCACAGCACAUCACAUGGAUAUCAUUCCAAGCCCAGGUCGAGGAGUCUCGAGAUGGUCGAAGGGAGAGUUGUCAUCCCGCCACACCAAAGGAGUAUGAAUUCAAGGAUUCCAGGUGAAGAGCCGAUUCUUUUCUCAAGCCAACCUCUACGGGCAGUCAAAGUCCCAGAUGAGGGUACUUCACCGACCGAUACGCAACAGCCUGCAGGUUCAAUCUUUGGUGAACUGGUUGAUGAGCCCGAAAGAAUGCCCCCUAGCCCCGAGAACCUCACUGCAGAGCGUAUGCGCGUGCUGGUGGCUGAAGACGACCCUAUCAACAGCAAAAUCAUCAAGAAGCGAUUGGAAAAACUCAAACAUAAUGUCUAUCUGACUGUCAAUGGCGAGGAAUGUGCAUCUGCGUUUGGCGACAAUCCCAAAGACUUUGACGUUGUCUUGAUGGAUAUGCAGAUGCCAAUUGUCGACGGACUCACAUCGACCAAGAUGAUAAGAUCUUACGAGAAAACACACCGAAACAUCUACUCGCCUCGAGCAAAGCUGUGUGGACGUCUCCCUAUCAUUGCCGUGUCCGCUUCCUUGCUCGAACGAGACCGACAGCAGUACAUCGAUGCUGGCUUCGACGCAUGGAUCCUGAAACCCAUUUCGUUCGAUCGACUGAACAAGCUGCUGGCGGCUAUCGUUGACACAUCCGUUCGAGAAUCUUGUGUUUACAAGCCAGGCCAGUGGGAACAAGGUGGCUGGUUUCACAAGGGAGAGAAAAGCUUGGAAGAAGUCUCCACGAAACCGUCGGGCAAAGUACCGUUCUCAAAUCCAUCCCAGGAAAUACAAGAAAUCGCACAAUCAGAUGAUCCCAUGGCAGGCAAGGAAGACGACCAUGACCCUGUAUCUGAAGAGCAGAAGCGGCUUAUGCAUGCCCAGGAGGAGGGGAUGGAGCCAGCACAAUAUGGAGAGGGCAACGAACAACCAUCCGAGCCACCUACAUGA